AUGGGCAACAAAAGCUCUGCGAAAUCCAAGGCCGAUUCACAGGAAACAAGCACCACCAAGAAGAAGAGCGCCUUCAACGGACUAGGCAACCUGAUUAGGCUCCUUCCGACCGGGACCGUCUUCUUGUUCCAAUUCCUCAACCCAGUCUUGACCAACAAUGGCAAGUGCCACACCGUUAACCAGUACCUUAGUGCCAUUCUAAUCGGGGUUUGCGGUUUUUCGAGUUGUUUCGCUUGCUUCACUGAUAGCUACAAGGGGAUGCUCGGGUUGACCUACUAUGGCAUCGCCACGACCAAGGGCCUCUGGCCGGGCUCGAGCUCCGUGGAUUUAUCGAGUUAUAAGCUUCGGUUUUCAGAUUUUGUCCACGGUUUCAUGGUGGUGAUUAUUUUCGCCGUCCUGGUAUUGUUGGACACGAACACCAUGAUGUGCUUCUAUCCGUCUUUCGAGAAUAGGGAGAGGACUUUGACCAUGGCUUUGCCACCCGUGGUCGGCGCGGUCUCAGGCGUGGUGUUCGCGUUGUUCCCAACCAAGCGCCAUGGAAUCGGGUAUCCUGCUUCAAGUGAGACUAAGACUACCUCAGAGACCAGUACUACCUCGGAGAGCAAAGCCUAGAGGAACUUGAUGAUAAACAUAAGUAAAUAUAUGCAUGAUCCAAUGUAAUUACAUGCCUAUUUCCAUAUACUUGCAUCCACGACUUCUCAUGUUAGACCCAUGUGCUCAAUGA